AUGUCCAUGCAGGUUUUCGCGGGAGACUUCAAGCAGUUUUUCUGCCGCUACAACGAGCCUUCGUACAUCAAGCAGGUGAAGAUAGACAUUCUCACCAUGCUAGCAGACUUCAAUAGUGCCGAGCAUGUCGUGACCGAGCUCAGCGAGUAUGUCACUGAUGUGGAUGCGGAGAUUGCACGCAGAGCGAUUCGGGCAAUAGGCAAGAUCGCGGUGCACGUGCCCUCGACCUCCGAGAUGAUCGUCACUUCGUUGACUGGUCUCUUAGAGCUAGACAUCGACUAUGUCUGCACUGAAGCAGCUGUGGUCAUGAAGGACUUGGUCAGGAAGUACCCUGAGCAAUUCCAACAGGCCUCCGGUGCUGUGCAGAAGUGCCUGAGAAUAGUGACGGAACCCGAUGGCAAGAGCGCUUUGCUCUGGAUCCUUGGUGAGUAUGGCCUGCUCAUCGAGGAUGCGCCUUACUUGUUAGAGCCCAUGAUCGACAGCUUCACGGAGGAGUCUGGGGCUGUUCAGCUGGAGAUGCUAACAGCCGCUGUGAAGCUGUUCUUCUGUCGUCCGCCGGAAGUGCAGAAGAUGCUGGGCUGCCUGAUGCAGAAGGCGAUCCAGGAAUGUGCGCAUCCGGAUGUUCGAGAUAGAGCUCUUCUGUAUUACAGGCUGCUGCAGGUCUCUCCCGAGGAGGCCAGGCGCGUCAUCUGCGCACCCAAGGAGGUGGUCGAGGAGUUCCAGGAGGAGAUGGACGUCGACCUGCGGGAUAGAGUCUUCGACGAGUUCAACUCGCUUAGCACGGUCUACAAGCAGCCAGCCUCCAAGUUCAUCCAGGUGAGCGGGAGCCCCUUCGUAGCCAUGAAGAUGCAGCCGCCGGCGCUGCCCGAGGGCAUGGAGAUGCCCCCGACGCCGACGCAGCCGUCUAGAGUGAAUGGGCAAGCGGCCGCCCCUCCUGAGAUGCUUCCUGACUUCGCCUCUCCAGCGCCCGCGGAAUCGGCGGACCUCCUUGGAGGAGGGCUCCUGGACGACGUCCCUGCACCCGUGCAGACGGCGCCCAAAUCCUCCCCUAGCAGCGGCGGUGAUCUCCUCGGCAUGGAGGACCUGCUUGGCGGCCUCGGAUCCGAGGUUCCGGUCGCUGCGCCGCCCGCAGCUCCCCCCGAGUUCAGCCUGGCCAUGGACGCCUCCAUGGACGGCAACAGCUUUCAGGCGCGGUGGUCGCAGUUGCCGCAGCUUCCGGUGUUGAACUGGCCCAUGAGGCCCGGCAGCGCGUCGAACACAGGCGCCGUCGAGGCUGCCCUGAGACCACGAGGCAUCUUUGUCAUAGCGAGUGGCACGGUCGGCCAGAGCAUGAAGUUUUACUUCUAUGCACGGCAGGCUGGCCCAACACAGGCUCCUGCCGGAGUCUGGUUUUUGCUUGAGGUGAUCAUGGCAUUAGCGGCGAGCUCCUGUCAAGUGACGCUCAAGGUAGAUAACGCUGGCCCCACGGCCGUUGACCAGUUCCAGGAUGUGCUGCGCGCGUCGCUGGCACCCUUCCUCGUUUAA